CGAAACAAAACAAGAGGCCGCGCAGACUAGGUUUAUCUGUACCGUGUGCCAUUUAACUUAUUCAUAUAUUUUGAUAGCUGUAAAGAUUGUUUACAACGGGGUUUAACUAUGUCGGAACAAGGCUGCUACUCCCCGAGUUUUAAAAAGCCGUCUGAUAUUCUUCGCAUGAGAAGAAAAAGGGCCCGGAGUGAGGGAGUUUGUGCGGGAACCUCAAGCGCCGCUUCUGUAUCCUCUACUGCAGCGUUAGCAGGGGUUCGGCCUUUUUCACCGGGUCCGCUGCUAAAGGGCCAGGGACGGUCAGGUGGAGUGAAGCGUAGAAAUCCUUUUGCUAACAUAGAAAAUACAUAUAACAGCCCAAAGAAGAGAGCUGUGUCGUGCACAGAGGACACUUCCGAGUGUAGGAAGGCAAUAGCUGUACUGUGCGACGGAGGAAGUUCGACAGAAAAUGCCAACUUGAGUGCUUCGUUCGGUGAACUUCUUUCCAGCAACCUUACUGGGAAACAGAGCGACAACCAAAAUAAGAAACCAUCUUUUUCUGAAGAAAAUUCUUUAUUCGAAGAUGAUUUAUUUGCUACAGAAAAGGUCACCCCCAUUUUGAAGAGCCCGGAGGCUCCUCAGAUUUGUGGUGCACCUCCUACAGAAGUAUGCAGAGAAUAUCCAGCAGACUGGAGUCUGAAAACCCGACUACUCUUCACCUCUCCUCAUUCUUUCUCUUGGGCUGAGCAUCUGAAGGCUCAAGAGGAAGCGCAGGGCCUGAGUUUGCACUGCAGGGCAGAGUAUGCUAGUUUGCCGCAGAAUAUCCAGGACCCUCGUAGCUGUACAGAGCUGCGCUGUGGUUUUCAGCAGUGUCUGCAGUACUGGCAGCAUCCAUAUUUGCCCUGGCUCUCCCUGUUCCCCAGGAUUGGAGCCGAGCGCAAGUUUGCAGGCAAGAACACACCAUGGGCACAGGAUGCUGCACUUCAGCAGAGCCUGAUGAGCGAGUGGUCGGUGAGCCUCACCUCUCUGUACAGCCUGCUAAAAGCCAGACUCUGUCCGUACUUCUACGUUUGUUCAUACCAGUUCACGGUGCUAUUCAGAGCAGCAGGGCUGAGUGGAGCUAAAGGCAUUACUGCACUGCUUUCCCCCACCACCAGGGGUCUACGGGAGGCCAUGAAGGCUGAUGGGAUAGAGUUCUCACUCCCUCUACUGGAAGAGAAGAGGAAGAGCAAGGAGAGCUGCUCCCCUCAACUCAACGACAACUCUCAACAGAGAGAUGGAGCUGAACCAAGCGGUGCUGUGACUUCACAGCAUAGCGAUAAAGAAGAAGAUGAAUAUGACGAUGAGGAUGAUGAUGGUGGUUUGUCUUGGCUGCAAGACAUGGGAAUACAGGACAAGAUUAAGAAGCCUGAUGCCAUCUCUAUCAAGCUGCGUAAAGAGCACAACGAGGUACGGCUGGAUCACAGGCCAGAAUCGGUAGUACUGGUGGAAGGCUCCAACACCUUCACCUUGAUCAACUUCCUCAUCAACUGUAAGAGUCUGGUGGCUGGAGCUGGCUCUCAGGCCGGGCUACCCCCAACCCUGCUUGCUCCCACUGCGUUCAGAGGAGCUACACUGCAGAUGCUGAAGGCACGAAGUGUGAAUGUGAAGACCCAGGUGAGGACAGGCUAUCAAGAUGUGUGCAGUCUGGAGGUGACUGGCCCCAUCAUGCCCCAUGCGCUACAUGCACUCACUCAGCUCCUGAAACCAGCACAGAAAGGAGGCUUCUCUGUGUCCCUGUACACACACGAGCCCAGCGCAGUUCUAAAUGUACCUGUCACCAAGCUCUCUGAAUCUGAUCAACAGAGCAACAUAGAGCAGGACCUGGUCAGGUGCGGUCUACAGCAGAGCACAAUACAGCAGCUGGAGGAGCCGGCUACACUGGGCAAGUCUGCCCUAAGGCAGCUCCACAUGAGGGACUUUUCCUACAGCUGGAGCUCAUGAGAACCACCUGCUUCCUUUCAGCUGACUACAGUGCGCUACAUAUCUGGAAAAAACUGCUUUGUAAGUUCAGGCAUUUGCUUAAAAAAUUUCCCUGACAAUGACAUUUAGUAAUGGACACGUUCUAUGUGGCCAGAGUUUGCCAUACCGAGGUUGUUUUAUGCUGUCUUUUAUAAGAACGACUGCACGAGUUCGACAGCACAUUGAUAUUUUUAGCCAUGCACUGUGAAUUAUUUUACCUGCUGUGUUUAAUUUGUUUUAUUUGUCUUCACUGCCUAUAGGUUUUAAGCUAAUUUUAUGAUGAUGCUGACAUGAACAGUUCUUAAA